AUGGAAGAGGACACAAUGAAAUUAGCUGAAUGCAAAGGACCAACUGAAGAAGAACAUUUAACUACUUCUUAAACUAUUUUUAAUCUGAGGAAAGGCAAGGGGAAAACUGGGGACUAUUAAAAUGUCUUCCUCUCCCGGUGUCAAGCCACAGGAGCAUGUGGACAUGAUGUACAUCUCCAUGGAGACAGCCAUAGCCCUGGCCUCUGUGCUGGGCAACGUGUUAGUGGUGCUGGUGGUCUGUACAAACCGGGCCCUGAGGGACACCACGUUCUGCUUCAUCGUGACUCUGGCGGUGGCCGACAUCGCUGUGGGAGCCCUGGUCAUUCCCCUGGCUGUAGUGAUCAGUCUGGGGCUGAAGACUCAGUUCUACACCUGCCUCUUCUUCUCCUGCCUGCUCCUCAUCAUCACCCAGGGCUCCAUCCUGUCCCUAAUGGUCUUUGUCAUCGACCGCUACCUCCGGGUCAAGAUUCCCACCAAGUGA